CACUUCCGCCUCGCUGCGUGUCAUGGUGUUGCUCCGCGGCGGGUAACAGACACGUGGCCGCCCUGAGCUUGCUGCUGUCGCCGCGCGCCUCGGAGCAGCUGCCUCCACCCCUAAGCCUCCCUCCUCGGGGCCAGCCAGGAGCAGCCCGCUCCCCUCCUCGCCGGUCUCUAGGUCUGUAUUUAAUAGCAUUGAAGACAACAAUUGAAAAAAAAUGACCCACUGGUUUCAUCGCAACCCCUUAAAAGCUACAGCUCCUGUUUCCUUUAAUUUCUAUGGUGUAGCCACUACUCCAGCUGCAUCAAAGAUUUGCAAUGACUUAAGAUUAUCUAGAAUUCGACUCUUGGAGCUGUUUACUGAUUUGAGUUGUAAUCCAGAAAUGAUGAAGAAUGCCACUGACCUAUACUUCUCACUCUUGCAGGGUUUUAUCAUUUCGGUGGAUAAUUCUUCUCAAGAGAGCAAGUUACGAUAUAUUCAGAAUUUUAAGUGGACAGACACAUUACAAGGGCAAGUCCCAAGUGCCCAGCAGGAUGCAGUAUUUGAGUUGGCUUCCAUGGGAUUCAAUGUGGCUCUUUGGUACACAAAAUACUCAUCAAGACUGGCAGGAAAAGAAGAUAUAAAUGAAGAUGAAGCAAAAGAUGUUCACAGGAGCCUGAAGAUAGCAGCUGGGAUUUUUAAACACCUAAAGGAAAGUCAUAUUCCCAAACUGAUCACUCCUGUAGAGAAGGGAAGAGAUCUAGAAGCUCGACUUAUAGACUCCUACAUCAUUCAGUGCCAAGCUGAAGCCCAGGAAGUGACAAUUGCCCGAGCUAUUGAAUUGAAACACAAUCCUGGUCUAAUAGCUGCUCUUGCCUAUGAAACAUCCAAUUUCUACCAAAAAGCUGAUCAGACAUUAUCUAGCUUGGAUGCAACAUACACGGGUAAAUGGAGGAAGUACUUACAGUUGAAGACCUGUUUCUAUCUGGCCUAUGCAUAUUGCUAUCAUGGUCAAACGCUGCUGGCCAGUGAUAAAUGUGGAGAAGCCAUCAGAGCUCUGCAGGAAUCAGAAAAAUUCUUUACCAAGGCUGAAGCAUUAUGCAAAGAGUAUGGGGAAACCAAAGGGCCUGGAACUACUGCCAAACCUUCUGGACAUCUCUUCUUUAGGAAACUAGGAACUUUAGUUAAGAACACCCUAGAAAAAUGUCAGCGAGAGAAUGGAUUCAUUUACUUCCAAAAAGUGCCACCAGAAGCUCCCCAACUCGAGCUGAAAGCAAACUACGGCCUGGUAGAACCUGUUCCUUUUGAAUUUCCUGCUUUGGAUGCACACUGGACCCCAGAGUCACUUGCUGCAUUUGAUCUGACUAAGAGGCCAAAGGAUGAGAGUGCUAAGCCAAAACCAGAGGAAGAAGUAAAACCUCUGAAAGAACCAGAUAUAAAGCCUCAAAAAGACAGUGGAUGUCAGAUCUCUUAAAUGCCAUAAGUACUUGGAAUUCCUGCCACAAGCUGUAUUUGGUGACUUCAGGGGCUUUUGUUUAAGAUCCCAUAUUCUGUGUUGUCUUUUUUUUUAAAUCCUAAAGACAAAUUCAGUAAAUUAAUAUUUAAUAGCCAUCUGUCUUGAUUGACAAUGUGACUGGAUUGGUAGAAGAAAAUUAUUUAUAUCUGCUUUAUUUUUGUUUUAGUUGGUACCUCAUAAAAUGGACUCAAUUGUCGUCUUUGCCUUUAUAGAGAUUUUCAUCUAUAACCAGUAGUACUAGAGUUUGGCUUCUAUACAUAGAAUAGCACAGAAGGAAAGAAUUGUGGGGGGUUAAAGUCAGGAUGUGGUUCCUCUCCACAAUGAUAAUCCAUAUAGCAUAAACUUUGAUUCAUAUCUUUUGUUUGACAGGAAAUAGUAUUGAUUUAGUCAUGUUUACCACAAAGGCUUAACAUUCUGUGGUGUUGCUAUUCUAUUGUUACCAAUGAAUGAGAAAAAUAAUUUCUCUUUUUUUUUUUUGCUUUUAUAAACAUGGAAACUUCUAUAGUGAAAUCACUGUCUCAGAACUUCUUUAGAAGUUUUCCAUAACCAGAACAGUUUAUACUGCAUUUGAUGCAACUAGACAGUAGUAUUUUUUCCAACCUAAAUUGGGUUUCCAUAUGCCUGAAUUCUUAAAAAGGUACUUCUUCAAUGGUAUGUUUUUUCUAUCCUGUUCCUUCAUUUUAUGUGGUUUAGUGUCAGGUUGCUAGUCUGCUUAUAGUAUGUGAAAGCAAAGCAGCAAGCAAGUAGAAAAGCUCUUUAAAAUGUAUUAUGGUAUCAUGUUUGUAGAAUUUUUAGAGGUUAAAAUAUUUUGUAAAGUUCUGGCCUCUUAGAACCUCAGAUGAAUACAUUUAGUUCAUAAGCAUAAUUAAAUAGACUGUAAUUGCUCCAUUUCUGUAUGGGACAUAUUGGUAUGAUGCAGUAGGGAGAGUAAGUAAGACAGCAUAGACAUUUUAGUAGUAUGCAGAAGGCAUUCUCUUUUGAGAUCUCACCAACAUCAGAUGUAAACUGGAGCAUCUCCCGCCCAGCUUUCUCAAGGCCUACCUGUAAUCAGCCGCUGGAUGAAGAGCAGUUGUUGAAAUCCUAGCCCUCAGUAAGAAUGAAGUGCUGCUGUCUGAAAGAGGUAAAUGAUUUGAAGAACUUGUCACCUUCUAUAAUUUUGCCACUGUUCAAGGCAUGUGCUCUUGGAGAAAUCAGUGUGUGUGUAGCUUUGGUCUUGUGGGCAUUUGAUAGUACUCGGGAGACCAGAAUAACUACAGCAACAAAAACAUUACUUCCAUCUGCGAGUGAUCAGAUUAUCUGGCACACAGUGUCAGCCCUGGUGAGCCAGGUGCUUGUGUCCUUCAGGCUUUGAUCAUUGUAAGUCGUCACACCUAGGAUUGAAAGUUUUGUGCUUUGAGAGCUCCAGAUUACAUAAAACACAGCAACUUACAUCCUCAGCAUUACAGGUUACUGUAAAAGCAUGUCCCCAUGCUCUGCUGUCUGCACUAGCUUUCCUUUCAAAGGAGUCCUGUUGAAUGGCUCUUUAUUCAUAAUCCUCAGUGGGACUGGAUCUAGCUACCUGAGAAGUCAGGACCUCCCAUAAUGGCUACAUUCCCAUGGAACAAAGAAAAGGUUAUCCAGUAAGAGGAUGAUUGUGAAAUGGAAAGUGGAGUCUUCACAGGAGCUGGACCAAACUAGGCAACUGAUUUCUGUGAAGGAAAAGAAUGAUCCUGGUAGUAGUAAGCAUUAUGUUGAAAGCAAACACAAAAUCCAAUACUCGGUUUACCCUUCUCCUAUCUGUUCUGUAUACAUUGAUCUGUUUCUCCCUCAGAGACUAUAAAGUAAGAACAAAAGAGUUUCUGUUUUUACAUCUUACGAGAUGCUUAGCUGUGACAUUGCAGAGAAUCUGGAGAAAGGUUUGUUUCCCAAAAUGUGGACACCCCCUGCCAGCCCCCACAAAGUAUUGAAGAAGGGGAGUCAAGAUGUAUUCAACCCAUAGUCAAGGGUUGUUUUGCUGACAAUACAAUUUCAGUCCUGUGUGUAAUUACAGGAGCCAAUUUAGCUGGAAGCAGGGAGGGAAUAUCAGAAGCAGGACAAAAAUGGAUCACUGCCAUAAAUCUUAAUAUUUCUAUAGUUGCCUUACUUUCUUUUUUAAUGGAUGAGUUGUAAUUAGCUCCAUGCUUGAUCUUAAACUUUCAGUAUGUACUCAGUGAUUCUUUUCUAUUGUCAGUUGACCUGUAUUUGGUGUUUUUCUACAGGCAGAAAUCUUUAAAUUAAACAGAUUUUCACCCCUUGUAUAUCUGCUGUAGAAUAUAGCACAGAGUUGCCUAAAUGUAUUUUGUGCGUGCACACAUUAAUGUGUAUUGCAUUGGUAUUUUUGACCAUGAGUAUACUGAAAUGUAUGUUUCUUCAUUUAUGUUUCAUCAGCUACCCAAAUAUGUAGAGAGGGUCUUUGGUGCAAACUUCGAUUUCCCAAACAUUUUCAUACAAAAGCUUAUUCUGUAAACUUGCAGUUUACACUAUGCUGGCACUGUUAUCUCUGACUUCCUGAAAUCAAGAGUCUUGAUUGAGAUUUAUAUGCAAUCUGAACAUUAGGUGACAGUAUUUUAUGAGGUUAGUUGUAAUAUUGUGCUGCUCUCAAUCAGUACUUGUUUUAGUAACCAUGACAAGUUAAACAUUGAUAAAGGGAAUAAACAAGUUCAUCUGAACUUUUGCUUUUCAAGACGCCAUUGAUUUAUUUGCAUUUUAAAGCUUUGUGGUAGAUUUUUUUCGUAGGAUAAAGAAUUAAAACGUUUUAACCUGCAAAGUGUAAGAAUAAGAUGCUGUUGGACAUUGGAUGCACAACUGCUGAUUUCUCACAGAGCAAGAUUUUUAUUAAGGUAUUUAAAUACAGACACUCCUUUUUUUAGUUUUUAGUUUUAUUUUAUUUUUUUGCAUUAACUGUUCUCUGUAUUCAAGCAUUUAGAAAACCUGGUUGAGGGCUUCAUAUAUCUUGCAAAUAUAUAUAAAAUAGCAAAGGUUUCCUUUAGCACUUUUUUAAAAGUCAGGUUCAUAAGAUGACUUUUUAAUAAUAAAAUCAACAUUAGUAAGUAUCUACUGUCUUACAAUUAGGGCCUUUUUUAUGACAUCUGUUCUGUGGCUGUUAAUUUUGCACUCAAACAGUGCCCUCAAAAAAUGAUGGAAAUAUUAGCUGUCUAACUCCUACUUGUGCUCAUACUUUAUAAUGGGGGCAAAAUUAUGUCACAGAGCAGACAGCUAGGUAGAGUACUUAGCUGAACAUUGAGUCCUUUGUGUGUUUGUCCUUUUUUUAAAAAGAAAUGUAUACACUGGAAAUCUUUAAUGGCUUAUUAAAAGCAAAACAAUACAACGCUCCUUAUAGGAAAACUAUUUUAAAGGCAUUUAAUACACUUAUGAGGAGUGUCUCAUUCAUAUUCUUUGUUGCUGGGUUUACAUGAAAUAGUUAACUUGCUGUUAUUUAACAUGUAACUCUAGACCUAAAGGACUAAAUCUGGCCCUUGGAUGCAGAUGCCUGGCUUCAGUACGAGCUUUGUCAGUGCCUCUGAAGGCAGGAUUUAGUAACUGAUGUAUCUGUAUAAAUACUUGGCUUGUCUGCUGUGACACUACUACCUGGUUGUAGUCUAAGCAAGAAAGUAGAUACCCAUAUCUGUAUAUUACUGUAUAGCCAACUUUGCACUUUAGAAACUAAUCUUGCAUUUUCAGUACUAUACAACAUGCUUGUAAAUAAUCCUUUGCUUCUAGUUUUAUUGUGCUAAUGGCAGUAGUGUGAUACCAAUAAGAUUUGAUGGGAACACUGUUAAAAUUAAAAAGUAUUUUUCAGUUUGUAUGUAUAAAAUAAACUGUUUGAAGUGCA